AAGCCCAAUAUGGCAGAAGCGGUCGGUCUUGCGCGGUAACUAAAGCAACAUUUCAACUAACACACUGUCAUAUUCAACACUAAUCAGCACAAGACCGCAGCGAUGAGGGAGAGACAGAAGAAAAAGAAGGGGAGGACAUGGGCAGAAGCUGCUAAAACGGUAUUAGAAAAGUACCCCAACACACCUAUGAGCCACAAAGAGAUCCUACAGGUGAUCCAGAGGGAGAGACUGAAAGAGAUUAGAAGUGGUACUUCCCCGCUGGCCUGUCUCAAUGCUAUGCUCCACACCAACUCUCGUGGUGAAGAAGGGAUCUUCUACAAAGUUCCUGGACGAAUGGGGGUCUACACACUGAAGAAGGACAUUGGGGACGUGGUGAAGGAGCUGUCUGAGGAGGGAUCCGAGGAGGACGGUAGUGAUAAUUUGUCUGAUUCCCAGAGCACAGAGAACAACAAUUACACUAACAACCAGGAGGGCAUGAGGGGACAGUGGAGGAGGAGAGCUCCAUCAAAGCAAAUGCUAUCAAAAGACCCCAAAAGACCCAAGUCCAAGGAUAACAGCUACGUGCCCUCCACGCUGCCAUCUGAUCCGUCGUCUCCUCAGCCACGUUGUUCAUCUCCCUCUGUCCCCAGUAGCAAGCUCAUCUCUCCCUCACAGAAACACAGCAAGAAGGCUCUCAAACAGGCCCUGAAGCAGCAGAGGAACCAGCGGAGACAGGGGGGCAUGCCCACCACCUCCAGCCCAAGGCUGCUCAUCAAGAACGUGAAGGACAUGGCUGACACCAUUGCCACUAAGACCGACUCCUGUCCUGCUUCUGGUACCAGGAAGAUGUCUCAGAGGUCCAGUCGACUCAGUGCACGGCAACUGAAGCGUACCAAGUGUGCAGAGAUAGAUGUUGAGACACCAGACUCUAUCCUGGUUAACACCAACCUGCGUGCCCUGAUCAACAAACACACCUUUUCUGUCCUGCCCACAGAGUGCCAACAGAAGCUACUCACACUACUGCCUGAGGUCGACCAACAGGCCUGUAUGGAUGGUCUGUUAAAGGUCACCAGUUCUGCCUUGAACAAUGAGUUUUUCACAUCAGCAGCUCAGUCCUGGAAGGAACGACUGGCAGAAGGUGAGUUCACUCCUGAGUUGCAGCUGAGAAUGCGUCAGGAGAUUGAGAAGGAGAAGAAGGUGGAGUAUUGGAAGGAAAGUUUCUUUGAGAGCUACUAUGGUGAAAACUCUGGACUCAGCUUAGAGGAAUCCAAAGAGCUGCUUGAGUCUGGUCUCAGACUGGAGCUCUCAGCCACCAAACCCCAGUUGUCUCCUCAAACACAGCCAAGUCCUGCUGGCCAAGCACUGCAAGAUCCCAAGGUCUCUGAGAACAGCUGCCAUACUCGUUCGUCAGAGAGGAGGCUCCGAUCAUCAUCAUUGCCUAUAAACCCUACAUCUAAACCCAUAGAACCUCCAUCUAAACCCAUAGAACCUCCAUCUAAACCCAUAGAGCCUCCAUCUAAACCCAUAGAGCUUUCCAAGCCAAGACCGGAACCAGAGCCUGUUCACGAUGAACCAGUACCAGUCCCACCCAUUGUCCCACCAGUUAUAUUAUCGAAGAAUGUACAGAAGACACUGGAGGUUGAGUACCCCAGACACAGGACUCGUAGCAGAGGUUUAUCCCUGCCUAUAAUGGCAGUGGAGGCACCUGUUGUGCGGAGGCAGGAUGUGGUGGACUCAACCUUAAUGGUUACUCCACUUGGGGAGAAGCAGAUGGAGGAAGAGGAACAGAAGCUGAAAGAAGCUCAGCCGGAGACCCCCCAGUCCCCUGAGAUCCCACAGUCCCCUGCCCUGGAGAGUCCUCCAGAGGUCUGCUCCCAGACGAAGCUCAGAUCAUCACUGCCGUCCGACCUUUCAAAGCCAGAGCCUUUGGGCUUGGACGAGCACAGUGGGGAGAGGAGGGAAGAUGUUGCACCAGAGAGAGGCGCCUCGGUGUCAGUCACCCCCGUAUCCACCCCUCUAUCCACCCCCGUAUCCACUCCUCUAUCCACCCCUCUAUCUACUCCCGUAUCCACCCCUCUAUCUACUCCUGUAUCCACCCCUGUAUCUACCCCCAUAUCUACCACCCCAUCCCCAGAGCUGUUGAAAAGGAAGUCCUCAUCCAGUGAACAGGAAGUAGAGCUGACUCCAGAGAAGAGGGUCCGCAUCACUCCACCGACAGUAUCUGUGGUAACCUCUCCAGCAGCCACCAUAACAACACCUCAGAGAGUGCCUCCGCUUAAGAUUCCUGUGUCACGAAUCCUAUCAGUCCCUGCAUCUCCAACCCAGGUAUCCCCCAGGACCCCUGUCCCGCUCAGCCCUGGCCCCAGCCCCGGACGCACUGGUGCUCGCACUCUGGCUGACAUCAAGGCUAAAGCCCAGCUAGCCCGGGCCCAGCGUGCAGCAGCAGCAGCUGCUGCAGCCAGCUCCUCCUCUAAAGGUGCUGUACCAGGCCCAGGACCAGGAGGAGGCAUUGUAGAGCAUAGAGCUUCAGCCCAGACCCUCCACUCCAGGCCCCCCUGCUCCACCCAGUCUCAGUCAACCACCAGGCUGCCAGUAAGUAGCAUCACUGGUCAAUCUACCUGUCAAUCACCUGAUGCAGUCACCACACCAGCCCACUCCAGUUCGGUCCAAUCAUCAGGCUCCUCUGUGCCCUUUGACCUUAGCCUGUCUCAAAGAAGCUCCAACACCGGUAGAGCGUCUCUCACUGAUGACCAACAGAGAGGCUACUCCGAUGGUCUGAUGAACCCAGGUUCUCUGAUGGGACCUCAACAUGGGAACAUUCAACAUACAUCAUACCCACCAGGUCCCCAGUCAACCUCUAGCUACACUUCAUCUGUGUGUGGUGUGAAGAGCCAGUAUGUAUCUGGAAGCUCCAUGGCAGCCAGGGCUAACCACUUUAUCCCAGCCAACAACCCUUUGGUCACAUCUCUCCUCCAGGGGAAAGAGGUCCCUCAGGAACAGAUCUUCCCCAAGCCUCUGGCCAAGGCCGAUGUCCAGAUGUCCCAGUCCAAACCCUCCCAUGAUGACAAAGUGACAAUAAAGUCCCACAGCACUGCUGGAACAGCCAGUGAUGAGAAUAAGAGCCAAUACCUACAUGCUGGUGGUGUGGAGGACUACAGAAGAUCUGAACAGCAAGGAUCCAUAGGCCAGUCCACUUCCACCAUACCUGGAACAAGAGCAGGUAUGUUGGCAGAGCUCCAGCACCAUCAAAGGGAAACACCUAACAAAGACAUCCAGGAACAGAUCCUUCAGGCUCUGAUGCACAGGGCCACCCACCAGCACCAGAACCAGCCAUUUGGGGUCUCAGGUGGAGCUCAGCCUGCCCAGUUCGGAGCUUGUCAUCUGGGGCACCAGGAGUGUGGGGACCGUCCCCGGUUCUCCGUGGGGUUCCCUGGACCGAAGAGGAUGUCCAGGCCUGCCAUGUCAGGGCACUACCUCCUCAAUGUCUCCACGUACGGACGAGGCUCAGAGAGCAGUAAACGCUUCCACCCAUUGACCACCGUUAACACCUCACUGACCCCACUGGCCAAUCUGAAGAGAGAGCACAUCGGGGGGGAGAGGCUGGCUAACGAAGGGGAGGAGUCAGUGGAGAAUAAGUCUCAUUCUCAUUCUAACCCUGCUGGAGUCAAGAUGGAAGAGCAGGGCUUCUCAGUCACAAAAAUGGAUGAAGCUCUGGGCUUUCAACACUGCUCCAAAAUAAUGUCUGAGUCUCCAUCAGUGGGGGGCUGUAUACCAGAGCAGGAGGACAACAGUUCAGCCAGUACAGAUAGAGACAGUGGCACUUCUGCAAGAGCCAAAGAAACCAAACCUUUCACCCAAUCACAAUCACAGCACAGGAGGCACCCGGAACUCUGCAAUACUAAACAGGGUGGUCAUUCCGAGCAAUAUCGUUUAUCUGCAUCUCCCCACGUGGGGACCAUGGACCCCACUCACCCCAGUACUCACCAGCGUCCGUCUGCCUUUCAAACUCAGAGACCUCCAAUCGAUAAUCAGGAAUCCAAUUUGGGUUCCUGCUACGGUGGCACCAUCAGCAUGUCUGUACCUCACGCUCUGAAUCACAAUGCUGCUGCUUCAGGCACCGCUUCUAGCGCCUCCCCCUCUGUGUCAGGUAGUGGUGGGGACAGCGGCAGUGGCACCGGCAGUGUCAUGUCUUUCUCAGUGACCGUCACCACCAUACCUGCCGGUCACCUGUUGGACCACAGCAGCCAGGGGGAGGGGUCUCCAGAGCAGGGGUUUAUGGAGGGAUCUGGUAUAGAGGACGUUCAGUCUAAAUGCUACUGCCGACUCAAGGCUAUGAUCAUGUGUAAAGGGUGUGGGGCAUUCUGCCAUGACGAUUGCAUUGGCCCUUCUAACCUCUGUGUGUCGUGUCUAGUGGUACGAUAAAACGACUAAUAAUGUAGUGCUGAGCGAAUAACUAUUAUUUUUCGUCGGUUCAAUUAUUUGAAUUGCAUUUCUGUUAGCUCUAUGCAGUUUCUGUAGAGUUACAUCAGAUCAAGCCUGAAACUGUGUGAUGUAGUAGGGAGUUGUAGUUCCUAACAGGACAAUGUUCUACGUACGGUCUGUGGAGCAAGACACGGGGAGGAGAGAAAGCGCGCGAUCGAGAGAGAUCGAAGGCAGUCACUUCGCGAGCAUGAAAAUAGUUGGUAUUUGGCGGUCAUAAAAGUAUGCCUUAUUUACUUUGAAGAACUACUAAAUAGUGAUUUUUGUUGUACAGCAUAGGCAGCAGCUCUAUAUGAAAUGAUGACUUGGAAUGAAGUAAAAAAAUAUAUUAAAAAAUCAUCAAAUAAAACAAAUAUUUUAUUAAAGUAAUAUGAAUAAAUGAGGGUUAAUAAGUGAUACGCAACAAUGGCCAGUCAUUACCAUCAUGUGACUUUUAUUAAUUGUUUUAUUCUGUGUUACAGCAUUCAACCCACAUAAUGUAUAGUGCAUUUAAUGUUUAAAAAUAUCAUCAAAAUUGAAAAAUAUAUAUAUAUUUUUUUACAUAAUGAACCAAAACCAAACCUACUUCAAAAAUCACUAAUCGCUCAGCACUACAUAAAUUUAGACAUGAUCUGUUUCAAUUCUUUAUUAUUGCACCAAGGAACAAAUCAGCAUCAAGUCAUCUACCAUCAUCAACAAGUAGCGGUUACGAGCAAGGUCAGUUCCAUUUAAAUUCUGGAACUAAACUGAUUCAAAUGUUUCUAUUUCAAUUCCGAAUCUAAUUUGAAAAGAAAGACAAAUUGGAAUGUCAGUGUAUUUCCUGAAUUGACUGAAUUGAAGUGGAAUUGACCCUAACCCUGGUUACCAGGGUAAAAUGCACAGUGGCCAUACUCAACCCAGCACAUGGUUUUCAGUGGGGUGACAAAUCAUUUAUACUGGACGACACAAGAAGUUGGUGGCUCCUUAAUUGGAGAGGACAUGCUUAGCGAAACUAAGUGGAAUGGUAUCAAAUACAUCCAUUUGCUCUGUUUCCAUUAUUAUGACCUGUCCUCUUCUCCGCAACCUCCACUUUCAUCUAUUCCAUCUGAAAAAGAGUUUGUUUUGUACAAUUCACCGAUCAGUUCAAAUCAAAUCUUAACCUUUUAGACUUGAGACAAAAGUUGAAUCUUGGCAAUAUUUUGCACUUGGACAUGUUAUUGUGCUAUAUUUUUGUAAAGAUAGUUUAGAUUUUUAAAAAGUAAGGAAAAAAAUGAAUGUUGCUAUUUUUGUAGAACGUAAUAACAAUGUUAUGUUAAAGACUGCCACUCUUCAUUCAGGAGUUUAAGUUAUGAUGUUUUAAAAGGUGAAGAAGGGAGUUACAUUCAUAUUCAUCGACCCCUUGGGGUUUGUGUGUAGGUGGGGAAGUACAAAUACUGAUUUAUAUAGAUUUUAAAGGGUGCAA